ACCAAUUGAAAAUGUCCAUUCUCUUCUCGUUGCCUUUAAAAGAAUCGUUGGCUUAUCUCUUAUCCUCCAAAAACCAACCUCAAGGCGAUACUCCUUCUUGGUUUGUGAAAGAAUUUCAACGUGUGGAGGAGUUGAGUAGAAAGUUGAAAAAGGAACAAACCUUUACCAUUGCAAAGCUACCAAACAACCAACUUAAAAAUAGAUAUGUUGAUGUAGUUCCUUGCGAUGAAUAUUGUGUUACUGUAAAGUGUUGUGAUUCUGUGGAAUCGGUAUAUCUGAACGCUUCUUAUAUUUCUGAUAUUUUUCCCGGAGAUGAUAGAAUCUACAUCGCAACCCAAGCACCUAUUAAGAGUUGUACGAAAGAGUUUUGGCAUAUGGUAUUACAAGAGGAAACUAAUAUUAUUGUUAUGGUCACUCGUUUGGUAGAAAGAGGGAUGUCAAAAUGUGACGUUUAUUGGCCAACUAAGGAGCAAGAAGUAUGGAGUCUUGGUUGUAUUCAACUUUUUUUGGAAGAUGAAGUCGUAGUUGCAGAAAAGUCCGUUAUUCUACGACAUAUUCGACUUUAUCACAAGUUAUCGGAUGGACAGGUGGAAGAUAGACUUGUAUAUCAGUUUCAGUACAACGGUUGGCCAGACCACGGAAUACCUACAGAGAAAAGUUCCUUUACAUUCUUAUUAGAGCAAGUAGAAAAGCACCGGCUGGGAAAAUCUCUAGUCGUCCAUUGCAGUGCUGGAAUAGGACGAACAGGAGUGUUUUGUACUUUAGAUAUUCUUCGGCGGUAUCUUUCUUCUCAUUCUUUCUUGCAAAGAUUGAAAGCCCUUGUGGAUAAAGGUGCAGACAAGGAAGAAAUUGCAGACUUUCUAGUCAACCUCGUAUCGGAAACUGUUGUACAAAUACGCAAAAGGCGGCCUGGAAUGAUUCAAACUGCUGAACAAUUUCGGAUGGAAUCAUCACCUUUGCAAGUUCAAGAGCGUCCUAUGCGGAAACCUAUUGUAUGGUCCAAUAUUGGAGUAGGUGCAGCUCUUCAGUUGUUUGAAGUAACGACUUUGGGACAGCCUUUUGAAGUUAUUAAAACACAACUUGCUGCCAAUCGAAAGGACAGUAUGAUUUCAGCUUUGAAAACCAUCUAUUCUAGAGGAGGUUUAUCAGGUUUUUAUCAAGGACUCAUUCCUUGGGCCUGGAUUGAGGCUAGUACAAAGGGCGGUGUUUUAUUCCUGGCGCAAAAUGAAGCUUCUAGUUUUAUUGCUUCUUUAGGCUUUUCUCAAACUAUCUCAGAUACAGCAGGAGGCGUAUUUGGUGGUGUGGCACAAGCUUAUACUACGAUGGGGUUUUGUACAUUUAUGAAAACAGUAGAAGUUACGCGUGAUAAGACAGGAGCUGGAAAGGAUUUGUCUACACUACAAGUUGCAAAGGAAGUAUUUCGAACCAAAGGAAUAUCUGGAGUAUAUCGUGGAGUAACAGCAGUUGCAGUUAGACAAGCAACCAAUUGGGGUUCCAGAUUUGGUCUUGCAAGAAUUACUGAAACACUUUUCAAGGGUAAGGAUAAGGACAGAAAGUUAUCAAAAUGGGAAGAACUGGGUGCAAGUGUUGUUGGUGGUGCACUUGCUUGUUGGAAUCAACCCAUCGAAGUUAUUCGAAUAGAAAUGCAAAGUCAACUCAAGGCCGCUGAUCGUCCGGAGAAAAUGAAUAUAUUCACUUGUGCUAAAUAUAUUUAUAAAAAGAACGGAAUAUUAGGUUUCUAUCGAGGUGUAACUCCUAGAAUUGGAUUAGGUGUCUAUCUUACUUGUGUAAUGGUGUUUGGAGGCGAUCAAGUAAAGGAACUGAUACGAGCAAGAAAGGAAACCAAACUUGAUAAACAGUAGAAAUGGAAGAACGGAUAAAAACAAAUCACUAGAA